AAGGCGAAUGAAAAGUUUUCUUUCACAUAUUAUUCGUUUGCAGGUUAAGUUUGCUUCCACCAAACGUCAUCGCUGGCGACAGUGGCGACCUUCUUUUCAUUUCCGUCAGGCAGACACCAGACACCUAGUUGUGAAGCAGACGAGUUUGGCCAAAAUUUGUUAAAAUAUAGUGCUUUUGUGUGUUGUUUAUUACAAAGCUUGCGAAAAUGGCUGGUACGCUCUACACAUACUCGGACAAUUUUAGGGCAUACAAAGUGUUGAUCGCUGCCCAAUAUUCGGGCACAGCAGUAAAGGUAGCGGCAGACUACGUGCAUGGUGAAACGAAUCGCAGCGAAGCGUUCCUGAAGAAGUUCCCGCUCGGCAAAGUACCAGCAUUCGAGACAAAGGACGGUAAAUAUCUUACUGAAAGCAAUGCGAUCGCUUUCUACGUUGCCAACGACCAGCUGCGCGGUACAAGCGAUGUCCACCGUGCGGAGGUGAUAUCGUUUCUCAGCAGUGCCGACAGUGAGUUGCUCCCAGCAGUUCAGUCGUGGGUAUUCCCGGUUCUUGGCAUCAUGCCUUUUAACAAGAACAACGUCGAGCACGCGAAAGAUGAUCUGCGUCGCCAGAUGAUGGUGCUUAAUUCGCGGCUGCUCAAGCAGACGUUCCUCGUCGGAGAGCGGGUAACCCUGGCCGAUAUUGUGGUGUUUACCGCACUACUACCAGCGUACGUGCACGUGCUGGAUCCGUCCUUUCGAGCACCCUUCGGCGCGGUCAAUCGCUGGUUCACGACCGUGUUGAAUCAGCCGCACAUUAAACCCGUCGUCGGAAGUGUGACGCUCUGUACUAAGGUCGCUCAGGUUGAUCCGAAGAAGUACGCCGAGUUUCAGGCUCGCUUCGCCAAUGGCUCUGGUGCUGAGAAGACGGAGAAGGCGGACAAGAAAAAGGAGAAAAAGGAGAAGAAGUCGGCCCCUGCGGAGGUACUCACAGAGCAGCCGGAUGCCGCCGAUGAGCUCCUUGCGGCCGAGCCGAAACAGAACGAUCCGUUCGAGACACUGCCGAAAGGCUCGUUCAACAUGGACGAUUUUAAGCGUUUCUACUCAAACGAGGACGAAGCCAAAUCCAUUCCAUACUUCUGGACAAAGUUCGAUCCUGCGAAUUACUCGAUCUGGUACGGAGAAUACAAGUACCCCGAGGAACUGACCAAGGUGUUCAUGAGCUGCAACCUCAUCACAGGCAUGUUCCAGCGACUAGACAAGAUGCGCAAGCAGAGUUUCGCUUCUGUCUGUCUGUUCGGCGAGGACAACAACAGUACAAUCUCGGGAGUGUGGGUUUGGCGGGGCCAGGACCUUGCCUUCAAGCUGUCAUCCGACUGGCAGGUUGACUACGAGGUGUAUGAGUGGAAGAAGCUAGACCCGGCGUCGGAAGAAACGAAAAAGCUAGUGAGCCAGUAUUUCUCUUGGAGCGGCAGCGAUAAGGGCGGCCGUAAAUUUAACCAGGGUAAAAUCUUCAAAUAAAGUAUGUGCGAAUUCAUCAAAUCCGCACAAAUCAAUCCACCUGGUUAUCACAAUCAAGAAAUCAAUUUGAAAAAUUCGUUCAACCAUCAGUUAUUAGCUUUGCGACAUUUCAUCGAAAUCUGGUGCACGCUCGCGCAAGGACAACGCGAUACUUCUUUUCAAAAACAUUUUCAAAGCCUUACAAAACUCAUGUUUUUUAACGACUAGGCGGUACAUUUGAUUUGAGCUUGGUAAUGUUUCAACAGCACUCAAUCCACGGUCAACAAUAAUGUUUCGUUUUGCACCGAUCAAAGCAUGUCGCAAUGUAAAGCUGAAAUUUCCGCUAUACCGUUACCGUGACGUGAGUGAAACCUCCGACAGAAAACGAUGCAGUUUUCGAAUAACAGCUAGCAAAACGUGAACAUUUGAAAUACAAAAAGAACAGCAACAAUCAGUAAAGUGCUAGAAACAAUACGAAAUGCGACUUACCAGUAAAAGAAGAUAAAAAUGUACAGAGAUUAUUUGUAUUCGUUUGUUACAUCGGAACACACCGAAUAAAUUUAUGCGAAAUGAGCAUCUUUUGUAGAAAUUGCCUUUUGCCUUAACUUUAACAAAGGUAACUUUUUCAAAUAUCUAUAAACUUUUGCGAAUUCAUAGAAUUCGAAGAAGACCACAAAUAUCCACAUUUUUCAUAAUUAUAUGCUAUACUACGCUUUGUAAUGUAGUUAUGUUAUGAUAAUUAUAC